AUGGCACCGGAAAAGUUCAAGGCAAUCAUUAUCGGAGGCGGGCCCGCAGGGCUAACUGCCGCCCACAUCCUCUACAAGGCAGGAAUCGACUUUGUGGUCCUCGAAGCGAGAGACAAAGUGGUCGUCGACCACGGCGCGGCUAUGGUCCUUGGCCCGCAGAAUCUCAGAGUCAUACGUCAGCUAGGGCUUUAUGAUAAGCUGCUCGAAAUUGGUGCCGAGUUGCUCUCCGUCAAGGGGUUCCUCCAAGACGGGCGUGUGUUCAAGGAUGUGCCGGAAUUGGAAACUUUCAAAGAAAACCAUGGCAUUGGUUUGGUCGCAUUCCAUCGUGCACAGCUUGUUCAAUUUUUCUACGACAAUUUCCCCGACGAGACCAAGGCACGCUACCUGACAAAUAAGAGAGUCACCAGCAUCGAAUCCGGCGAGGAAGGAGUCAAGGUAACUGCAGCCGACGGAUCUGUCUUCGAGGGCUCCAUCGUCAUCGGAGCGGACGGCGUGCACAGCGUGGCCCGCAAGAUCGUGAGGGAACUGGCUCUCGCAGAAGACCCCAAGAGGGACUGGGACCCGGAGAACCCGUUCCCCGCCGAGUACAGGUGCCUUUGGUUCAGCUUUCCGCCCCCGACCGAACCGGACACCGUCUACGACGACAAGGACGUGGAGGAUUUCGUGGCGAAAGUGGCCGAGUAUCCUGUCACGGAAACCCUCAAGGUCAAGGAUCUAUUCGAGAAGCGGCAGACAGCUGGUUUGUCUGAUCUGGGAGAAGGCAUCGCGAUGCAUUGGAGUUGGGGCCGCAUUGUCCUCGUCGGUGAUGCCAUCCACAAGUUUACGCCGAAUGCGGGUCUAGGGCUGAAUAACGCCAUACAGGACAUCGUUGCACUCACUAACGGCCUGCAUACCGCGAUAAAAGCAGCGCCUGGCGGACAAGCCGAUAAUCAGACUCUCUCGGGGGUCUUUAGGACGUACCGAGAGCAAAGGGUGGAGGGAUUACAGCAAGACUACGACCGAUCGGCGCUCGUUACGAGACUCCAGGCUUGGAGGAGUCGUCUACAUUUCUUCCUUUCCCGUUUCGUUUUCUCAUGGCCUUUUAUUUCUAGAUUUGUUGUCAAUCGUGUUGUAUCGCCUGUUGUCAGGAGGGGUCUCGUGCUUUCUUAUGUUCCUAGUACGGACUUGCCAAAGGGCAGGAUAAGUUGGGAGCACCAGAUUCCGGCUGCCAAGGUUGUGUAA